CAUGUAUUGCAAUAAUAUGUGACAGAUGAAUCCGAAAGAUGGCUCUGACAAUCAAAGACAAAUAUCAUGAUGGUUUCCCAGCAUCCACAACAUCUCAAAGAGGCUGUUUUUAUUGUUCCCAUGACAACUUAAGAAAAAAGACAAAUGAAAAUUCAGCGUGCUCCUAUUGAGCAUGGCUGUUUCCAUAGCAACGGGAAGACGGACUGGUUGAGAUGGGAUGAGUAAGAGGCAAGGGCUACGAGUGUGUGAAACGAUUGUGUGUGUGUGUAUAUGAAAAGAGUAACUGAUUGUGCAUGUUAAAGGAUGUCUGGUUUUCCGCUUCUGAUUUCUGUUUCUCUAAACACCUCACACACAUUGUAUCCCCCACCCACUCCCUGACGAGCACGCAACCCUCCUUGGCUUCGCACCAUUUCAGUCUGUGUCUCUUCACGCCUCCUCCCCCUUCCACAGUGGAUUUUACUCUGAAUCAGAGCCUGUGGUGUGUAAUCAGAUGGCAACAGAUGAUAAUCCGACAGAACUCCCACUCGGUCCUGUUUACAUGGACCAGAGAGAGCGAGAGGAGAGGAGAGAAGCUGGCUGGGAGGCGAGAGGAGGAAGUGGGAGUAACUUCACAAUGGAGGAAGGAAAACGCCCAACAUCUGAGAUCUACCUCCCAAGCAUCAGCCUUGGAUCUGUAGAUGCUGAAACACUGGACGGCCAUGAACUGCCGAUCAUCUCUUUAUCCAAAAGCUCCACAGAAAUGGUGCACGAGUCUGCUCAAAGCAUGGAGGUGCCAUGGUGCCGACAGCAUUUACGGAAAAGUGUCAGCAACACGGCCUGCACUGUAAGACCCGCUAGCCUGGGUGGACCAAUGGUCCCUAUGACCUUGUGUGACUACGAACAGGGAAGCAUGUGCAGUAGAAACAGCACCACCGAGACUGUAAUCUGGCAUGGAGGAACUGCAAGACCCUGGAGCAUCACGGAGGGCUCACCUAGAAGGACUCCAUCUCCAGAUCUGCUCCAAAAUCCGAGAGUGCCAUGCUCACCUUCCACAAAUAGGGUGAAGGGUCUGGUAAGCAGGGAGGGAUGUUGCGGACCUGCUGAGAACUUGACAGGAUGCAGUUGUUGCAGAAUGACUUGUCGGAUGGGUUCUUCGUCUAUUAGCAAUAGCGUCACGCAACAGGUAGCGAAUACACUGGGCUACGCUCAGAGUAACUGUGAAAGCCAACAUUUAACUGCAUGCUGCAGGUGUGCCUGUGCCGGACAGGUGAUGAACGCUGGCUGUCUGAGGAACGCUUGCAACGUUGUUCCCUGUCCUGGACAUUUGAUUUCACGGCCAGCUUGCGUGGGAAGUCCAUGUCCAGGUCAAAGGUCACUGCUCCAUUCAGGCUUGCUCGGAUUUCCACCGCUUGUAUCCUCAGUCAGCGAGACCAGACUGGACAGCCGGAGCUCCGGGCACUACUGCGGAUCUGAAUUAAGAGGACAGAACUCAUCCUGCCUCAGAAUCGACCGGACAGACCUCCAGACUAGUCUUAACAGGGUGGUGAAAGAUGCCACCACCAUGACGUCAAACCAUGAACUCAAAGACAUUGGCGUGCAGACAUUGUCCUUUGUUACCUCGGUUUCCCACGUGUUCCCUGAAAUCAGUUUAAGGGCAGAUCCUACCUCGGACGUGUAUCAGACCACGGAGCGCACGUGUCAGAGGACCCCCGUGAAGGAGGUGGAAUGGGACGCUGAGGGUAUGACAUGGGAGGUAUAUGGUGCGUCUGUGGACCCUGAAGAACUUGGCCUGGCGAUCCAGAGGCAUUUGGAGCUUCAGAUCAAAGAGACGGCAGCUGCCGCGGCUGCUCAAAGUGAAGACUCCACAGAUACUGUCAGCAGCCUGGCGCUCCAGCAAAGGCGACGCAAGAAGAGCGAAGGGAUUAUAAAUUCUUUGCGCAGUUCGAUGUGUUGCUCUAUCCCUAAUACUGUAGGAGACUGAGGCUGGGCUGGUGAUGUUCAGAGCCGUGUUGCGAGCUAACGGAGCGUAAAGCUACCUUUUAAAGUUUACAGAUUGUGGUGUACUAAAUGUACCUUCAAAUAUGGCCUUGUUCUUGUCUUGACCUCCUAUUAGAUCCCUUUUUUGUGCAAAAUAUACGUAUGUGAUGAACACUAAAUGUUAGCCUUCUCUAAGUGACAGGCUAAGAGUGUUUUGAUUCUGCUUGUUAGAUUUGCAGAAGUUCAGCAAACAGCAGAUUACUAAACAUUGCACAAGGAACCUUAUAGGUAGCCUCAGCCACUGCAUUACCGAACGUACGAUUAUACGAAACGUAGGAGAUAUUGCACACAAAAAUGGUCAAAGAUGGCGGAUGUCAAUGGCUGUACUGGAAAUUCAUGAUAAGAAGGUACUAAGGUUGACAGAGAUUGGUGUGUCUCAUUCAAUAGCAAGUAAACUGGAUCUCUGCAACGUAUAUAUUCUGUAUUAUGCCUGAAAUAAUCUGUUUGUUUUGCUUACACUUUGCUUGUCACUUUUGUCAAAUAGUCUCCUCCUGUCUAGGCGGUUGGCCAAAAUAAAUCACAAUGAGGACCAUAUUGCAGGUCUACCCCAAUUUAAUGAAAGCCCAAAGGGCUCCCUGGAGCAAGACCUGAGAGUUAGUUAGUCAAUCCGCCUGUUGAGUUGUGACGUAGGAAAUACCUUUUCUGGGUCCAAGCCUCUACUCAUUUCAAGUGAGGGAACUACUGAAACAACCAUUUAGAUAGUACAGCUAUUUAUUCAUAUCACACCUUUAAUCAAAACCUUUAUUCACUCCAAAGUCUCCAGGCUAGGAAUAUUUUAAUAAUUCAUAGAUAAUGAAUCGCUGUCUGGCCAUCUGGGGUUUUAUUAUAGAGAUAAAGGUUAGGUAGUUUUACACCACACAAUGAGUGUAUAUUAACGUUUUUGUUGUUUGCCCAUGGCUUAAAAAAAAUCAGUACACUACUACUGUAUCAGAAAUUCUUUCGUUUUUGUGCAGAUGCUUCUAUAUUAGCAUAUAUAUUAAUUUAAUAACUAUCAGGUUUUUCUUUGUUGUUGCUGAUGUAAAAAACUGAUCUAAAUGUCUUACCCUCUGCCGGAUUGGUUCGGCAAUGAUUUUGCCGGUGGGUCAGUGUGGGCUCAUAGCCAGAAUCAAUAGACAGAGCUAAAAAUAUGAAUGCUGGAGAGGUUUGUGGGUGUGUAAAGCUGGGUUCUUAUCAGACCUAUCAGAUCAUGAUCAACAAAUAUAGACUCAAGGUCAGUGUUUCUGUUCUUCUGUGCUACAAUAUAAACUAGAUAAUCCCCAGUACUAGUCCGAGGCUCAGGGACAAUCUCAAUUAAAAACGAUAACACGCACAUGCAUACAUACGCGCUUGGGUUUUGGUUCCAAAAUCUGACAGAAACUCAAAUUCAGUUUGAAUUGAAUUGUUCAGAACGAUUGUAUAGGCAAACAUUAUUUUGUCCACUUUUAAAUAUACAUAUUUAUAAAGCUUCAUUUUCAUGUUUAACCAUAUUUUUGUAACGUAAUAUUACAGCGUUCAUGAUACAGUUAUUAAAAUGCCUCAUAUCUGUGUAAGAUUUUCACUUUAUUAUGAUUACAUAUGUUGUGUGCUAUAUCACAACUAUAUCAUAUACAGAAUCAGUUUUUUUGGUAAUAGGUCGUAAUCCAAGCAUCUGUCCAUUUGUUCGUUCAUUAAUUGCCUGAAAAAAUAGUAGUUAGGCCUAUGUAAGUAAAUUUCUGACCAAAUCAACAGUAUGUGCUGCAUACGUUGCUUUUGUUUUGCUUUGCCAAAGCAUCUGAUUUUCUUUUGGACCAGAACAUUGUGAUUUAACAUAAGAGAGACAUUACUGGAUCAACACAGUAUGAUGAAAAAGCUUUAUAUAGGCUUUCUACAGCAAAAACUAUACUAAUGUGUUUUAAUAUUGCAAAUACUGAAUGUCUUGAAACAUACAAUAAAGAGGUUGGUAUACAACUCUGGUUCUAUGUCUGGUACUGAAAAACAGUGUGCGAGCCAUGUUUAUGAUAGAGCCAUUGAUCUUGUGACAAGGGAAACGCAGAGGUCUUUGUUCUCUUUGUUUUUGAAGAGUAGUUAUAGAGAAAAGGAAAACAUGAGAAUGGGUAAAAAGGUCCAGCUACUGUACACUUACUGAUGUGUUCAGGUAGAUUGCACUGGACAUUUCCAUGUCUCUUUCAUUGUAACAUUGAGUAUUUGAUUGAGCUGGCACAUUCUAUGUUAUUGACCGUUCCCAAGCUCCUCAUCUCCCUUCUCCAACAUUUGGAUUACUCACAACAAGUGAGUAACACUUAACCACAAGCAAAACACAACAAAACUCUAUUUAGCAUGUAUAUGGCCACAUGUAGAUGGAAAUUAAUGAAUCAAAUAAAUUGUGUCUUGAAAAUGGCUCUACCAUACUUACAGAUGUGUUGUUUAAAAAACAUCAAAUGUCCUAUCACCUGAAUUUCUCCAUUGUGCCCUCUGCUGGUAAUGUUACGCUACUGCAUAUUAGGGCUGAUAUCAAAUCACAUUUAUGCAUUUGCCAUUGACUCACGAGUGCAUUCAAGGUAUACUUCAUUUUAUUUGUAUGGGUUUUUUGCGCCUUACCAAACCCACAACUAUGCAGGCCUACUGUAUAAACUUACUUUGCAGCUAACUCUCAAAGUUAUCAAAAACGUUCUUGCAGUAACAUAUGAAGAGUUCAAAUGCAAAACCUCUCAGUGCCGUGACACUUUUUCUUUGAAAACGAUUAUUUUUAUCAGGCUUCAAAUAAAGCACACAAACCUCUGGCAU